AUGUCUGCUGUGCCUACGCCUACGACUGCUGCGCCUGCACCUGCGCCUGCGCCCGCACCCGCACCCGCAACUCAACAGAAAACAUUGAAGGAGGUCGAGUCUGAACUCGUGGCCAAGCGCGCACCUCCUGCGGUGUCCUCCGACGCCAUGGCGGCAGCAGCAGCCCAAACUGAGAUGCCUCGUCCGUUAACCUUGGGAGAAGUCGAAGCACAGCUGUUGAAGCAGCGUCGCUCCGCUUCUGCAUUGCAGUCGCAGGCACAGUCCCAAGCGCCUCAGCACCCACCAGCGUCCGUUCCACCUGGCGUUCCUCAUGCGCACUCGCCACGUGUACGGCCACAGGUGGCGAUGCCUCUUCAGGCGGUGGUGCAUCCCCCUGUCAGUGGUGCGCCCCUGAGUGUGCCGCCACCAGGAAUUCCGCUGCCAGGUAUGCCUCCGAUGAACGGAGUGGGAAUGCCCGUGGCAGCCGUGGCAGGCGCUGGGCCCGGCACCGGCGUAGGCGGUGUGGCGCCACAGAUGCACCCUGCACCGCCAGCGCCUCAGCCAGCCGAAGUGCAGGCAGCACACCUGGCACGAAUGCGUGCCAUGCUCGAAGCAUGUCCGCCGAACGUGCAGACGGCCAUUCUAAGCUUGCCGCCGCCGAUCCAAUUCGAUUCGUUGGAAGAGAUUGUGCGUCGGUAUCCAUCGCUGCUGCGGGGCGAGACAGGCGACGCCGAGACAGCGGCACACGUCCUUACAAGUGAGGCACCCUCACGGAUGGAAGAGUGGAGGAAGACCGAAGAGAAGCGGCGUUCCAAGGCUGCGAAGCUCGCUCAACUUACAAAGCACAAUGGCGUCAUGUCUGGCGCCGACAAAGAUUUCAUUACACGAAUCCAGAUCAGUCAUCUCGUGACGUCCGAUCCAUACACGGACGACUUUUACGCGCAUGUGUUCUUUGCCCUUGCGUGGCGGCGCACGUAA